AUUCCAAGAUCCAUCACGGAGGCUUGACAAUUGAUCUUGAGCUCAUCAAGGAUGCAUCAAAGUACUGUGUAUUAGUCGGUCAAUGUGCGGUGGCUUCGGCUGCUUUGCCGUCCGCAUCGCCCGGCGGUAAAAUGGUCAGCAUUGCGCCCGUCAGAAUACAUAUGCAUAACGAGGCUGUCCCGCCGGCCCCCGUCUUGGCCUAUGUUCGCAAAACCGUUUUGCUUGCAGCUCCACAAUCCCCACCGCAUCAACUGAAUCAAACAUGAGAAGUGCUUCCCUGUACGCUGUGCUGACCACCAGCGUCAUGUUGGUCGUCGCUGCUUCGACGGCAGACCAAUCCGACACCGCCGUCCGCCAGAUUGCCGCUGUGACCCAUUCCUCUGUGACCAACGCAGCCCCCGGAACACCUUCCGGGACUACCCCAGUGCAAGAAACCGGAAAGAGCGCAUCAGCCCAGGUCACGGCCGCGUCGUUGCCCGAGCCGCCAACACCGCAAUUCGGAGUGCCGCAGGAGAUUCUCGGCGGGAUGAAACGGACCGAUUUCGAUUUCGCUGACGGACUUGCCAUCGACUUGUUUUCUCCAACGCCGCGGACAUUGACCGUAACGCAAAACCGAUCGCCUUCCGCACCGGCCAACCUCGUUACGGGGGCUCCAGGAGGACCCUGGUUGGCGGCGCUUCCUUACUCGUACGUUUUGAAGCUCAACGAAUCCAACGUGAAUGACCUGGUUGCGAAGGUGGAGCUCCCGUAUGAUCCCGCGGUGUUGGCGGGCAUGGGAUUGACCGAGGACAAUACCUACGUCGGAACGUACAGCCCGACGACCGGCGGAUGGGUCAUUGACCAAACGCAGCGCAACGUACACCGCACGGAAAACAAGACUCGCAUCAUUAACAUGAAUUCGUACGACGGAGAAUAUCUGCUAUUAGCGCGCAAUACAACCGACACCGCCGACAUUUUCCUGCAAUACGGACAAGGCGCCUCGCGCGAGCUCGAGAUCAUCCGCGGCGGGGCCUUGCAGGAAGGUGUGUGGGUUGAUGGAUUCACCCUAUCGGCCCGCGUCGACGGCAACCUCGCGGUGAAAGUGAACGCCGACUUUGGAACUUUUGACCAAGCUGCUCUCCCCGCCGGAUUCCAAGCCGUCACAACCUACACUUACGUGACAAACUCCAGCGACCCUACGGGCAAAACGAGCCUGGACGUGAAGCUACCCUUCAAACCCGACUUCCUUGCAACAAGGAAGAUCGACCCGGUCGAUCUCCGCGUGGCGCGUAUGGACACAGGUUCCAAGACGUUUGUGGUAGACGAAGCCAGCCAGAAGCUGGACGUGGAGCGCAAAUUCGCCGUGUUGGAGAGGCAGAACAGUCUCGAUGGGCAAUGGCUGCUCGUCUUCAAAGCGCAUGGCGAUGUUAACGUCACCCCCACCGGAACGCCUAGGGAUGCAGGUAUUGAGGUAGUCAAAGCGACGGGCUCUGGAGGGGAAGCCGUUAUCAGCGUGUCGUCUCCCCCCUUAAGCGGACGUUCGGCGGCUACAACCAUUGGGGCGAUAGGAGCGGUGGUGGCAUGGUUCAUGUAGUACACGGUCAUUGUAAUGGUCUUCUUUCAUGGCAUGGUUCAU